UCGGGCGCCGUUGGCCUCGCUUGAAGAUAUGCAUUCGAGUAUCUUCCUUUCAGCGAACAUGAAGCGUCUACUCCUAACUCUACUUUUAUUUGAACGUGCUGCUUAUAUGCUGGCGUUUUCCUUCGAUCGAACAACCCCAGGGAAAUUAGGUUUUGAAGAGAAGCCAUUUCACUGUCCGGAAUUCGGCGAGUUCCGGCCAAGUACCGCCAUUUGUAAUGGAGUACACGAGUGUUACAGUCAAAUGGAAGAAAAUUCGGAUCUCUGUGCCCCAGAAGCAUAUUUGCUGCAGCACCUGAUGAUAACCGCAAGUAACAUCACAAACAGCUCUGCAUUUCUCACGUGGACAUCUGGUUUUCUGCGGCCUGAGCAAAUAAUAUUUCCUCUGAAACUCAGCGGCUACUUUCUGACCGGAAUGUCGCUGGGCCACACGUUCCAGAAGAUUUUGGAACCAACUCUCACGGAAUACAAUCUAUCCUGUUUGAAACCGUGGACCGAAUACAAUAUUACUCUGAGAAGGUUUUACCCUAACAACGGAAACACUGAUCGCCCAAUGAGAAUAGGACGAGCAGCGGCCGUGACACUGCGGACGCAUGCGUGCGCUCCUCCGGCACCCAGUGAAAUCCAGAUCAUCUCAGCCGGACAAGAAGAGCUCAAUUUACGCAUCGUGGAUCCUAUUAGCUGGAAUGGAUUGCCGCUCAAAUAUCACGUUCGAUGGGAACCCGAAGACCCACGAAGUGGAGUUGCCGGAAACCUCGAACUUGACAUACCGUCAACACGGCCCUACGACCCGGAUGGAAUGAGGGUAACCCUGUCGCUAAAACCUGGAGUAAGGUACAGGUUGUACGCUUCAGCAGAAAACAGCGCAGAGGAACAUAACCUCACAUUUCUGGGUCCGGCAAUUUUUCGUGUUGUAGCCACCAUCCCGAAGGAUCCUAUAGGACUCAUUGUAAACCCACUUAGCUCUGGCGAACUUUUUGUUAGCUGGAGCGUCUCCGGUCCUGCUGACUUCUUUCGGGUGAAAGUCGCAUCCUACCAUGAAAAUCCACAUUUUGGUAUAUCCUUCGAACCCAACAGUAAUCGAAACAAUUAUGACGCCAGGAGAAGCUACGUCUCUACUACUCCAGCACCGAGAUUCCUGCUGAAGCGUGACACCAUUGCUGUGGACGGAGUGGGCACGGCAUCCGUGCGUAGCGUCAUCGUCAAUAAACCACAAGCGUCCCAAAAUUGCUCGGUAAGAGUAGAAGCCUGCUCUUCUUCAAGCGGAUGCAGCAACGCACCGACCACCUGGGUCAUGACUAAGCCUAUAUCCACCCCAGAGCCAGUCAUUACCGGAGUGUCCUCGAACAGCACGAAUUCUUUUAAAGUAACGUGGACCUUUCCCGAAGAUGACAGCAGCUAUUAUGACGGCUUCUUGGUGCAUUACUGUGCAAAAGCGUCAUCCUGCCGCGAGAGCUACACACAUAAGCAAAACCUCUACGCAACCAACCUCAGCGCGGGCACAAGUUAUGAUAUUUAUGUCUACGCACGUAUCAAACACCUCGAUGGCCUCGUCGAGUUGGGGCCCGCUGCCAGAGCAGAAGUUUCAACUUGGAAAGAAGUUCCACUCGAGCCUGUAUUGGAGGCUCGUGCUUCCGAAGCAAUGUCGAAGGAGCUUGUACUGUACUGGAAAUUCAUCAACAGCACCGUUCAUUACCUGCAGUUCACCAAGACGGAAGAAAAUAUUUGGAUGAACUGCACGGACGACGCUCACUGCGAUGUGGCUGUGAUGCACGGGUGGACACCCGAGUUCAAGACGGGCUUUAUCACGCUCAAGAACCUCGUGCCCUACACUACCUACAGUCUUUCAAUCAGAGGUUGCAACGACGCUGGCUGCGGAAAUAAUUCUACACUGAAAGUCAGAACAGGCAUAGCAGCUCCAGGUGAACCAGCCGGAUUGACGGUUCUAGCUAAAACUGAACCACACGGAUUGAAGUUUCAGUAUCAAGGCGGCAUACUUGUAACGUGGAAGCGUCCUUCUGUGCCGGCUGGACCGCUGAGCAGCUACAUUGUAUCAUGGGAAUGUCCCAAAAACGAAAAACAAACCAAAACUGUUGGGGAAUGUCAACUGCUUGUUCAAGAUCUUCCGGAAGAAGGAUCCAACUGCACAUUUUGGGUGGCUGGCUUGAACAGAUCUCCUGAGGGGCACCUCUUGGUAGGCAGGGCCGCCAAUCUAUCUUUGUCGUAAUUCAUCCACUCAGGGUUCAAUUGAACCUACACUGCCACACUAAACUUUAGUUAUUCGUAUUUUGUAAUUUCUUGAGAUCUUAAUAAAGUGAUACUUAAUUAAACCUU